CUCAGCCGGAGCAAUGAAGUCUGUUUGUAGUAUCCGUCGCAAUCAAUCGUGAAUAUAUAGGAAGAACAGGGAAGUAUUCCUGGUGUCCGUCUUCAUGGUAUUGGCACGACUCCGUGUUACGCUCGGUCGUGCUUGAGCUUUCGAACAACGGGAUAAGAGGCGUCACUUAGCUAUGAGAGUGUGUGAUGUCAACUUUGUAACACGAAACACAUCGCGGUGGAGUCAACAAUGCGACAUCAACGCGGACACGAGAAUGUUUGUGAACAUCACAAGAUUUUACAGAUGUGAAUGAAGCCUGCUGUGUGGCAAGGAGUCCUGUGGAAGAGUUCGGAGAGGUUGGUGGUCGUGUCCGCUGGGGUCAGUGCCGCUGCCAGCCGACAUCGCACACUAUGCCCUCGUUACACGAUGGACCCAGCGGGGGUAGGCGAGGAGGUGUGGCGGUCGGCAUGAACGAGCUUCAAGCGUGCCCGCUCGGUCAGCUCGUAGCGCCGGGAGAAAAUAUUUCUUCAGAGCUGUACCGCGGCACGGUGCUGGUGAUGUGGACCGACGAUGGUGCUAAGUGCCAGGAGGUAUUCGUUCGGCUGGACCGUGCAAAUCACCGGCUCUACUGGGAUGCAGUGGGCAGCAAGAAUCAACUGGACGUCGCACAGCUCAAGAUGGUGUUGCGUGGGCAGCUGCCCAAGGAGCCCAAGAGCAUCCAGAAGCAUUUCUUCAUAAAGCCCACCGAGGAGAAGUGCUUGUCCAUCUACUAUGGCAGCUGGCCAUGGUCGACACUUAACCUAGCAUGUCUGAACGCACCCGCCUCGGUGAUUCAAGCAUGGCACACGGGCUUGCGCUGUCUUCUCGAAGCGCUGCCUGUGUCCGUUCGACCGCGCUGCAUGCGGCCUGCGGGUGCUCAAGACUCGGCUGUGAAGAAACCUGACGAAGUCGAGGCGCUGGGAGGCCAUCACAUCAAGGCUCACUCUUUACAACUACCCGUAUCUCCUAUGCUGUUGGACGAGAAAUCUGCUGCACCGCCCAGCACAGCCGUAUCAAGGACACGGUGGUCCUCAUUGCCAUCGUCACCACCGCCAGUAGGAAUGUUCCCGUUGUCAUCCCUGACAGAACAGGACGAGGCUGCCGGGGCAGCUCCAGAUGCCGUUGGCAAGAAGCCCAACAAGCUGUCGCGACUCAACGCUACCGAAUCUCUCGGAGAUAACUGGAUUUUAAAUUACCAGCUGAGGUGUCUCUAUACUGAGCUUCUGCGCCGCCAUCGACUGCUGUCACCACUGCUUGCUGUCAGCUGCUUCUCUGGUCUGAGAGCUUGGAAAGCAGAGAAGGUUUUAGAUGCCAUAUUUGCGGAGAAUGUUGACAUUCUGAUGGCAUCCAAUCUGUCAGCAUUGUCACAGAGUAUAUCGUUCAAACUGUUUGUGGAGCUGUACAUUGGCUAUACAUUGCAUCGGCGUGAGGACGUGCGGCAGGUGUAUUUGGACUACGCUACGCGCAGUGGUAUACUGUGCCAGCAGUGCAGCAAAGCCAGCGUCUGGUGCAGAUGUAGCACUGUGGAUGGACUGGGCAACGUGUCCAAGAGCAGCACGUCAUCAUCACUAUCCUCAAGCAGUAGCAGCAGCUUAUCUGGCUCCAUGAAUCGCGACUACUUUACAAUGGCCUCCUCGCAGCAAGAGGAACGAAGCUCCGGAGGCUCUCCAGAUGCUAACAAGGGAUCAAAGAGAAGAAAGGAGGGCAAGAGAAGUGGCAGUGGAACUCUUUUGGGUCGGCGUCUUCGCAAACGCAGCAUUGGCACUCAAGCAGUAACGCCGAGCUCCGAUGCACCGGAUGUGGGAAUCACCAGUGAUGACGUCAUGGUUGUCAACGACGACGGCGAGGUGCGGGCAAUGAAGGCACGCAUGUCCCUGGACAUGUUCUGUGACCUUGUGCAGGGUCAGAGCGAGGAGGUCUUAUCGCGUGCCGAUUGCCUAGAGGUCGUUGUGGCAUUUUCCAAGAUGGGCUACGACGAGUCUGGCCAUGACUUCAGCUCGGACCAGCCGCCAGCGUGGAUCAGCAAGACUCUCUUCAUGCGAUACCUGAUGACCGAAGGACAAAUGCCAGUUGUUGGUCCAGGAAGUGACGAGGAGGAGAAUGACCUCAGCCAACCGUUGUCUCAUUACUUCAUUGCCACAUCGCACAACACCUACCUAACUGGACAUCAGCUGUUGGGAUGGUCCACCGUGGACAUGUACAUACAGGUUCUUCACACCGGCUGUCGGUGUAUUGAGAUAGACUGCUGGGACGGAGACCGUCAGCCAGUUGUCAAACAUGGCAGGACGCUGGUUACAAAGAUUCUAUUCGAGGACGUGAUCAUUGCUGUCAGUCAACACGCAUUCGUUGCUUCACCGUACCCGCUGAUAAUCUCCAUUGAGAACCAUUGCUCUCAUGGGCAGCAGAAAAUGAUGGCAGACAUGAUGGUCAAGUAUCUAGGCAGCGCUCUUCUCACGGAGAAGGAGUUUGAAGGCGGCGACCUCACACAGCUGCCAUCACCGGAGGAUUUGAAAUACAGAAUUCUCUUGAAGCAUGGGCGCAUGUCACCGGCCGAUUCUUCCCUGCUGCAACGAAGAGCCACGCAGAACAGCCCGUUGGCGCUAUCUCGUCUUCAGCACGGAACAAUGCCGCGCACUCCAUCACCCAGCACCACGCCAAGGCGACACUGCGAUGACUUUCCACUGACUGUUGGGAGUUCAGAGUCGGAGCUUCACACCAUCCACCUUUCCACGACAUUGCCACAGUGGCAGAUCAAUGGUGAAGAUGCUACCCUGGAUGCAGAUCAAAUCAUGCCGGCAACGCCACCCAUUCUCGCCACCACAAUUGGUAGGGACAUCAACGAGGCAGACAGCCCGCGUAUUCCUCGGGCACUACGCUCGCACAGCGCACAGCCCGCCACUCAUUCGGGCGGUGGUUCAAGCAGCUUGUUGGUUAGCACGAACAGCGGUGCUCUUCCAUCACUGGUGAUGAGCCCCGACUCACCAGGCCUUGUUCCACCGCAGCUCAACAUGCGCAGCCAUUCUCUACCACAAGCCGUCGACCCCAAGAUGCUACCUCACCUGCUGGACCAGAACAGAACGAGCACUUCGGACCAGCAGGGCUACCAGCUGCAACAGCCGCCGCAAGCACAGUUUGACUGUACGCAGCAGGACGGUGGCUCCAAGGCAGCCAUUGCACCCGAACUCUCCUGUCUGAUAUUCUGCAAGUCCAUCAAGUUCACUAGCUUUGAUGCUGCACAGGGUCCUUGCACCCAGAUGAUCUCUGUCUCCGAGUCCACUGCCAAGAAGCAUAUGAUCAAGGGCUACACGGCGAAAGUGCUCACCAACUUCAACCAUAGCCAGCUAAGCCGCAUCUACCCGUUCUACAAGCGCUUUGACUCGACCAACUUUCCGUACUGUUUGUACUGGAGAUGUGGAUGCCAUAUGGUGGCACUGAAUUACCAGACUCCAGACCAGCACCUGCGCAGUUACUUGUCCCACUUCAUGUGGCAUAGAAACUCCGGCUACAUUCUCAAACCGCAGGCGCUGCGGCCGCCGUCCACACCUUUCUUACCGCCGCCUUCGCUGACGGAGAGUCCCAUACGCAUAGCCAUCACAGUUCUAUCAGCACAGAUGCUUCUACCCACAAGUGCCAAUCCUAUCGUCGAAGUUGAGGUGUAUGGCAUCACUGAGGACUGCAAGAAGGUCUACAGUGGCCAGGCUCGACAAGCAGAGUCCUUCUCCACCUGGACAGCACGCGAAGGAAGCGUAGAAGUGAUGAUCAGCGCCCCCGAACUUGCAGCCAUUCAUAUAUCCAUCCACGAUGAACUGCAAAGUCCCACUCGUACGGCGAAGGCCAUUAUCCCGUACCGGGGCUGGCGCCAAGGUUACCGGCACAUCACACUGACACCGUGCACCAGCGGUCGCCAUGGCAGCUCACUGGGCGGCUCGCCGUCUCUGUUCCUUCACUCUCACGUCAGCACGGCGGUGCAGCGACGUCGCUCCCUGUCCAUGGUCAACCUGGGUACGGGCGUGCGGCCUGUCAUGGUGCAUGUCAGUCACAAUGGCACGGAGCACGACAUUCUGCUGGCAUUGGACAGAACUUGUACAGGCAAGAACAUCAUCGCAGCAGCUUUGGACAAGAUGGGAUGCUCGGUUAGCCUUCACGCAAGACAAUUCACACUGCUGGCUGCAGUGGACGGAUUAGAGCAAAUCUUCUCCGACAACGACUGCCCACUGCAGCUUGUUGAACAGUGGACAAAGUGUAAUGACAGCAGUGAGCUGUACAUCCGUGACACGCCAAGCUGGCCGCAGAGCAACACAGAGCCACCGCCCUUGUCGCAGGGCAAGCCUGCGGACGUGAGUGACGGAACUUCGACCGCAACCACGCCGCCAACCAUACCUGUUACUGCGCUUGUGUCAUGCAGCAGCUUUCUAGAUGGUCCAGAGUCCGAGAAUAGCGAAGAGCUGAUUGGCUGUCGGCUAAUGGAACUGCAGCUUUCUUUGCCUGAGAAUGCAACGUGCAGAGAUGUGAUGAAGAGAGUCGCUGAUCACUUGAACCGCUCCAUUCCCAAAGAUGACGUGCUUCAGCCGGAAGAGCUGUCAAUGCGUGUGGCCGGUGCUGGACGCAAUGGUCUGCUCAGCACGCUGCCUUUAGUGAAGCUAGACCCGAAAGGCUUAAUUGCCGAUGCUUGCCGUGACUCAGCGUACCGCUUCAGAGUGGAACAUGCGCCGAGGAAAGGCUCGUCUAGUCCUUUGUUUGGCACGCACAGCCAUCAGCUAAGACGCAGCACGGGCGAUCAACCCCUAAACAAGGGCAAGGUCACUCCACGUCCGAAGGUGAAACGCAAUGUCAAGCGCUGUAGCAGCAUGACUGCCAUUGAGCUCCAGGAGCUUGCAGCACCCGGUACUGGUAGUGGCGGCGGUGCAAGCAUUGAUCGCAAUUCCUUCGAUGUACUAUCACUGAUGCCCCGCCGGCCACGCAGUGCUGACAUUAACCUGCAAGACUUUGGCUCACCGCCAACCAAGGCAAUGGGACGCAAGCUGUCCAACACGUCCAUGGUCAUCCACGACGCUCUGAGUGGCUCACGUUCACCGCCCGGGAGUCAACCUCCAAGCGAGCCACCGAGCAAGCCGUCGAGUGAAACAACUACACCUAGUUUAUCACGUGACACGUCGGCAACGUCAGUAGAUGCUUUGGCUGGCGAAGAGUCAAACCUGCUGGAGAGAGCUGUGCGCUUGCAGUCACGAAGAAAACGCCGCACCUCACCUAUCUGUGAUGUUCGCUCCGACAUUUGCAAGAACUACCUGGAGAGAUACUAUGAGCAUCUGUUUGCUCGCAUUCAGCAACAGGAACGAUCGAUAUGUAAAGACAAGCCUGAUGGCGGCACCGACAACCAGCCACAGUCAACAAACGUCUCGCCAUUGGACAUUUCUGAAAACACACAAACUACAGCUUCUGGCCAACAAAAGCCACAGGGCAAGGUCCGCACGAGGAAGAAGUUCCGAUUGCGAAGUUCCACGGUAAGCAGCGCGAACCCAGCAGAACUCAUGGCUUCCAGUAAGAAGCACGCGCUGAGCCGAGCGCCAUCACAACCUAGCAAGAAGGGUCUCUUCAAGAAGAUUGCAUUCCCUACCAGGAUGACCCGCCGUGAGAGUGUCAUUAUCAAUGACGUCACAGACAGCAACCUGCCGGGUUUGCUUGCACUCUCCAGUCAAGUAAAUGAAGAGGAAGAAGACGAGGAAGAAGAUAUUGACAGUGCCAAAGAGGAUAUCAAAGAAAAUAAAGAGAAGGAGUCAGAUAAAGUGGAGAGGCUAGCCGUACCACAGCUGCCUGCCCGUAGAAUGCGCCGCAGAUCCCUGUCAUGCAGUGAUUUCUUCCCAGCCGGUUGUCCCGUCAGUUCGCCAAGCUCCGAAGUGCGGCGCUUGGAGUCCACGUCUUCGGCUUCGCUGAGCGAGGAUUUAGAUCAUGAUCCGCUGAUUGUUUCCAUGCCAGGCUCUAGCAGCAAUGAAAGUGAUAUGGACAACGUAAGUCUGAUGGGUAGCUUGAAUGAAGUGUUCGAAGGAGACGCAAACGGAUCAGGUAGUUCCCAAGAGCAGAACGGUAGCAGAGUUGAACCUGCUGCCAUUGAAGCUGACAGUGGUAGAAACCAGGCUGCCAGUGCACCAGGCGUUCACAGAAAGAUAGGUGUCAUGCCGCGGCUGCCACACACUGCACUUGCAGCUGCUCCUGAAUUGGGCAGUCGAGUGGCGUCGCAGCCUUUCGACCUGUCUCGCUAUCAGAGAACAAGACGUGGUUCCACUGUCAUCGACUGGGAAGCACUGCAACAGCCGCAUGAGUUUGUGGAGGAGAACAAAAAACGGCUGCAGCAAGAGCUGCGUGGCAUCGAGAGUGAAUUGACUUCCGACGAUGGUGUCUCGGUCGAAGUGAAGGAGAAGAUCCUGGAGAAGCGCACAUCUCUGCAGGAAUUACUUGACGAGAUGGAAAGCUUGUGUUGAGAACUGCAGUGACCACCAGUGUUGCCUACUGCUGCCCUCUUCUGUUGAAAUAAAGAAAGUUCGCAGACCGAGCCUAGAUGCCAGCAACAAUCAUGUGGCAAGUAUUCUACUCUCUGUGCUUCUGCAUCCUGACUCAACGUACAUGCACGUGUCAGGUAUGUGGUACUUGCUCCCAGCCCAGAUCUACUCACAAUUUCAAUUAUUGCUAGCUCUAAGUAACUAAGGAACUUGUCCGCCAGUGUAACACUGCUGUUCUUAUACUGUUGAGACAUUGUUUAACCCGAUGAUUUUAUAAGGCAUACUCCAGUCAGAAUCGCUGCUGCUUUUGGAGCUCAUAUGCAAUCUGCAGAGAAAACACGACCUGUGCUGUGUAGUCUUUUGUGAACUCAGGAACGCAGCACAGAGAGAAAUGAGGCCAAAACCUUGUAGCAAUGAGAUUGAGCAUUCAUAUUAUACUGAAGUAUUUUUUUUUAAAGCAAGGCAAGCACGGUUCAUGGCAAGUCACCGUGCUUGCCUUUCUAUUUUUGAUACUUGGUUCAGCUAGGGUUUUGGCUAUUUUAACAUGCUAUUCAAAUAAUUUUAAACGAUAGUGCUGCAUGUUUUGAGAUUGGGACUGUAUGCCAUGCUGGAUCAUGGCUAUAGUAUACUAGUGGUUAUGUUCUGAUUGUGCAAUUCUGUUGGUGGUGAUGAGAAUGUGUGUUCGUUUCA